UUUUAUCACAAAUAAAUAAACAAAUAGUGUUGAAAUAUACAUUGUCAACGAAAACAAAGUAGCAUAUACAUACUUACUGGUUAUAUACGCGAUAAGGAUUAAUGUUUGACCUUAACUAUUAAGAAAAGUCCAUAUUUAACACAGAACGUUAGUCUUAGUUUAUGAUUAGUGUAUAAGUUUAUAGGAAGGAUAUUUCCUGCAUCAAAGAUUAGCUAAACGCACUAGAGCAUCAGCAAAAGAGUCAUAUGACACACUGAUAAAGAAGGCAAAAAUGGCAUCAGCAAAACCUCAUCCUUUGGAAGAGCUGCAAGCCAUAUCACAACAAAUAGGUCAUGAUCUUGACACUGUGGAGUUUGCACGGCAUAUGGACUCUAUAGACCCGUUGAGGUAUCUAAGACAAGAAUUUUGCUAUCCAAAGAUGAAAACUCUAGGUUCAGUGGAUCAAACUUUGGUAGACCCUGAUGAAGAUUGUGUGUAUUUCUGUGGUAACUCACUGGGUAUAUGUCCAAAGAAGACGAGAGAAUACUUGAACAUUGAAGUAGAUAAAUGGGAGAAAACGGCAUUAGAAGGACACACAAAUGGUGAUUUACCAUGGGCUUGGUGUGAUGAAGGUUUGGAUGACAAGAUGGCUACAAUUGUUGGUGCUAAACCUGGUGAAGUGAGCAUUAUGAAUGGAUUGACUGUUAAUCUUCAUUUACUUUUGAUAUCAUUUUAUAGACCAACUCCAGCACGAUUUAAGAUAUUGAUGGAAGGACACGCUUUUCCAUCCGACCAUUACGCUGUUGAAAGUCAAAUAAAAUUAAAGGGCUAUAACCCCGAUACUGCCAUGAUACUAAUGGAACCAAGGGAGGGUGAGCACAUUUUAAGGAAGGAGGAUAUAUUAAAGGUUAUAGAAGAACAGGGUAAUUCUAUAGCACUAGUGUGUUUAAGUGGUGUACAGUAUUACACAGGACAAAAGUUUGACAUGCAAACAAUAACGCAGGCUGCACAGGAAAAGGGUUGUGUUGUUGGAUGGGACCUAGCUCAUGCUGUUGGCAAUGUAGAAAUAAAACUACAUGACUGGAAUGUGGACUUUGCUUGCUGGUGUACAUAUAAAUAUCUAAACUGUGGUGCUGGUUGCCUUGCGGGACUAUAUAUACAUGAGAGACAUUAUAAUAAUGAUUACCCUCGUCUAACUGGCUGGUGGGGACAUCAGCUCUCUACCAGGUUUGAAAUGGACAACAAGUUCAGUCCGUACCCAGGAGCUAAAGGUUACAGGUUGAGUAACACACCUGGUUUUCUGUGCCCUCCAAUUAAAGCUAGUUUAGAGAUAUUUGAGAAAACGUCAAUCAAAGAGUUGACAGAAAAGUGUCGUUUGUUGACGGGGUACUUAGAGGCUAGAAUCAUACGUCAAUAUGGUUACCCUGAUACAAAUACUUCAGUUAAAAAUGGAACAGAUGUAGGCAAUGGAGACAGUAAUGAUGGUCCAGCAAAACAUGUUUAUGUAGAAAUUCUUACACCUUCUGAUCUGUCUCAGCGAGGUGCUCAACUUUCCUUGUCAUUUUCUGUCAAUAUAACACAGGUGUUUAAAGAACUUAUGAAACGUGGAGUUGUGUGUGAUGAGAGGAAACCAAAAGUUAUACGUAUCGCUCCAGCACCGCUAUACUGCUCGUUUGAGGACGUUCACAGAUUUAUGAGAUAUCUUGAUGAGGCCCUUCAUGCAGCACAUGCUUUAGAAUAAUAAAUAGAGAUAUCUCAAUAUCUUCAAUAUAUCAUUUCCACAAAUAUUGCCUAACUCAUCUUCUAUCUUUGUUACACAAAUUCUCAACCAGUGAAACUUUUUUUGUAUGAUGGAACUAGGAAUUGAUAUUUUAAAUACAAUGUAGUUUUUUUAUUCAUUUAAUGUAAAUGAAGAGAGGAUUUUAUCAGCUAGAAAACAUCUCAUUUAUCAGCUGAUGCUACAUGUAUGUAGAAACAAAUGUAUAUAAAUUGCUAUCAUUGUAAUUUGUCAUUUGGUUGAUGAGAGUAUGUCAGUAUACAAAUGUAUAUAUACAUAUAGAGAAUGAAAAAAGAGGAGUUUAAUUAAUUUUAGUGCAUAUGAAAUGUAUCUCAUUAACCCUUACAAUGAUCAAUAUCUUAAGUAUCUCGUCAAGUCUCCCAUUUUUCAAUCUCCUCAAUUUUAGGGCACAGAUGUAUGGGCUGAUCUUAGUCAACAGUGUUUGCAUAGCCAGCAGUUUAUCCAUUAAAUUAUGUCUCUUAAAACACAGUAUCAUUCAUAUGUAUUUUCCUUGGAUGAACCGCUUUCAAAAUAUUCCAUUCCUGAAGAACUCUGGUUGCCAUAGUGACCAAAAGAAAAAACUUGAAACACUUCUUAUUGAUAUGAAUAAAGAGAAAACUGUUAGGAUUUGGUUUUAUUUUUUCAAAUUACUUUGAUUCAAUAAAAUUACUGCUGCUAGACGUGUCUCUCUGUAUGUAUAUAGAAAAACAACAACAAAGUUUGUAUCUCAAAAACUAUUCAAGGAAGUAGGUUAAAACUUUACACACUUGUUCUCUGCGAUUAUCCAACAUCAUGGACAUAGGUCCCAUAACUCUAAGUUGCCUUCUAACAGAGUUAUGCCCCUUCUACCAGUAGUUGAAUCCUGUCUUAUUGACAGCUCUCCUUUUGAGGAGGUAAAGUGUUGUCACAAUGUGGUCCUUUUUUGUGUUUGAACUUACUAUUAUUAUCAUAAUUGUCCUGAAAGCUUGCAGAAUUAUGCCAAGGCAUUUUUAUAAUUAGCAGUAACUAAUGUUGCAACCUUUUUGAUAACAUUUACCCAGUAGUAAAUUAUAUCUUGUCUUGAUUAUUGGCUUCUUGCUUUCAGAAUUUUGAUAUUGAAGUAUCUUAAAUUGAAGAUAAUAUGACACUAGGACAUGUUGAUUUCAGUCUGAGAUAUGUUAAAUAAUAGUACAUUAUCCCAAUCAGGGCUAUACAAAUGUAUUGCAUUUCAAUUUUUGCAUUUAUGCAACAUAUGUCAAUUGUAUACAAUGGGUAGGGGCAAUUUAAAGUAUAUUUUUUUGUGUUUGCAUUUUUGUACAUUUAACAGUGCUUUUGUUUUCCUUUACAAGAUAGAUUAAUAUUAUGUUAUUAUAAUAUAUGUUAAUAUUUAACAAUAAAGAGAACACUCAAAUACA